UGUUUUAUUAUUUUUGGCUAAAUAAAGUCAGUUGUGUUUGACUUCAUUUAUUUUGGUAUAUAGUACAACGGUGUAGUAUUGUUGAGAAUUAUUUUAUAAAUAAAAAUUUUUGAGUUUAACAAAUAUAUAAAAAUUUUGUAUGAAAUGACGAAAUUAUUUAAAAGUCAAAAAAUUGCUGAAAAAAUGAAGACAAUCGAAGAUCAUGAUACAUUUCUUAAUCGAAUAAAUAAAUCACUUUACUAUUCUAAACUACCCACGACUGAUCGUCUUAGCCUGCCUGUUACUGAAUUUGCGGCUGAACUGUUUUCUGAAGUAAAAAAUGGAUGUAGUUUGGAACGGUUGGAUGUUGAUGAAGCAAGUAGAAUCUCAAGAAAUGCGUGUGUAUCACCUUGUUCUUUCGUUUUGGCUUUACUCUAUUUAGAAAGACUAAAAGAUUGCAAUCCUGAGUAUUUAUACAAAGUUGCUCCCUCUGAACUCUUUCUUGUAUCUUUGAUGGUAGCCAGCAAGUUUUUAAAUGAUGAUGGUGAAGAAGAUGAAGUCAUUAAUGGUCAAUGGGCUGCAUCUGGAAAUAUAACUUCUACACAAAUGAACCGCAUAGAAAAGGAAUUUCUCCAUGCCAUUAAUUGGUCAAUUUAUGUGCAUGAUGAGGAAUUUUGGAAUCGAUUGAAAAAAUUAGAAGAAUGUAUAGCUUAUAAAGAAGCUCGAAAACGUGGUUGGUUUUCUUAUGCAGAACUCAGCUGUUUGAUGAAAAUAAUUGAUCUUACUGCGUUAGUACGAACUGUUUUAAGCAUUUCAUCAAUUUGUGUACUAACUUAUGCAGCCGGAAUUAUGACACUCUUGGGUUCUGCUUUAAUAACUAGUCAUAUUCCUGGCACAUCGUUAGCACCUAAACAACACCUGAUCCAAUCUGAUGAUACGAUUAAUAUGAGACUGACAUCUUCUGAAAUAUCUUUAGAAGAUAAUGAAUAUUUAUUAGUAACUGAUGUACAAAAUAAUUUGACAUGUAACACAUGUAAUUGGGAAAAACCAACGAGUCUAUCGGAAAAUAUUAGUUGGCAAUGGCUAUCUACAAUGAUGACUUGGAUACCAAAAUACCCCGAACUUUAUGAUGAUAUAUAUACGAGGUCAAAGGUGAAGAAAGAAGUAAUUCAAAAUUUAACUCCUUUUAUAACAAAUAGUCAAAUAUCAUUACGGGAUCGUUUCGAAUGGGAAAAUAUAGUGCUUCAAAUCAACUGGCAUGAUAUGGAAAUAAAUUUGAAGUAUCCUCAGGGUAACUGGAAAUAUUAUGUAGAUUACAUAACAAAAAUAUCCGUAGGUCAUCAACAUUGAACUCAAUUUCAGUAAUAACCAACGAAAUUUUAUCUUUAAUCAACGUAGAUAAACAUAAAAAAGUAUAUAUUUUUUCUACUAACUUCUACCUCAUAUAUAACUAUUCUUAAAUUAACACAAUUUUUUUCAAUAAAUGAUUUUAAUAUUCUGAC